CUCCUCCUCCGUCAUGUCUCAAUCCACAGUCAACGUCUCAGGCAUCGCUCCCACCACUACCGAGACCAGUCUUCAUGACUUCUUCAGCUUCUGUGGAAACAUCGAGAAAAUUGAUCUCCAAAAAGCUGAUGACGGUAAACAAUCCGCAACUAUCCACUUUACCAAGCACCAGGCUGCCAACACCGCAUUGAUGCUCAACGGUGGAACCCUUGAAGGCGAAACCCUCGUAGUUACCUCCGAUGCCCAACAUCCCGAGCCUAGCGCCGAUGAGCAUCACGAAGGCGCGCCUCAUAUCGACCAGUCCGAUAAACCCAGAGCUGGCAUAGCUGCAGAGUACCUUGCAAGAGGAUACACACUGUCCGACGGCAUUUUGCAGCGCGCCAUCGAUAUCGACAGCAAGCAGGGAAUCUCGAAGCGUUUCCUGAAUUAUUUCAACCAGUUUGAUACCACUGCAGGCGAGAAGGCUCUCGGUCCUAACCAGACCAUCAGCGGCAAGGUACAACAGACGUUCCAGCAGGCUCACAGCCGUGCCAAGAGCAUCGACGAGCAGAAAGGUUAUUCCAAAGUCGCCCACGACUAUUACUCCAAGGCAAUUGCCUCUCCGUGGGGCAAGAGUGUGCUGUCGUUCUACACCAAUACCUCGAAGCAGGUGACCGACAUCCACAGCGAGGCUCGCCGCAUCGCAGAUCAGCACAAGCCUCGUACAGCCCCGGCGGGCUCCAGCGCCACUGCCCCUGCUGCGGCUACGCCUGCUGCGGGAUCGGAGGCCCAGCCUGAACCCACAACCCAAGCUGCUCCGACUGUAGUAUGAUUUAGCGCAAGAUUUGGAAUGCCUGCGACUCGUGUUCAUUGGCAGCUCAAUGUUUUGCAAAUGGCAUGAGGGGUUUCUGGUAUGGACAUGAGAUAGAACAGUGUAUAAUACGACUUUAGUGUAUAAAAUUAGGCGAAUAUGAUGCAAAAAGGGAAGCACGUAUGCACAAGGAAUGGAAUGAAAGUAUGGCUGAAAGUAUGCAUGACGCGGACGGUGUACCUUAAUCGUGGGGCUUUGUUCCGUUGUUCAUCCGGCGUAUGAUGCGUGUUCUUUGCCAACUCAAGUCCCCCGGAGGCUUGCUGAGCUAGACAUCAUCAUGUCACCGAACGGGCCAACGAGGAUGACCCAGCAUUCUAGAGAUUCCGCGAGAUUGCAACAUCUGUACAGCAUAACAG